AAACACGUCAAAAAACGCUACAUCAUAGUUGCAAUAAUCUCGUUUAACCUUGUCCUCCCGUCUCACUACUACCGGUAUAAAUAAACACAAACAAUGUCAUCGCACAUUAUUAAACGUAUGCUCAGUGGGUGUGUAAACAUGGUCAAAGCCAGGAAAUACAUUUUCGAAAAGCAAUUCGAAGGGUUGCCCAAAGCCACCGAUUUGAAACUUGUUGAAGAGGAACUACCACCGAUCAAGGAUGGAGAGUUUUUAGCAGAAGCGGUCUAUUUGAGUGUGGACCCUUACAUGAGGGCCUAUGCCCCUGGCUUGACUCUCGGCAGGACUUUCAUUGGGUCGCAAGUGGCAAAAAUAAUCGAAAGCAAAAAUGACAAAUUCCCAGUGGGGAAGUACGUGGUUGGUGAAUUUGGUUGGCGAACUCAUUCAAUUUCGAACGGAAGGCCUAUGGAAGUUGGUAGACCUGGCGCGUGGCUCGCUCCUGACCUCGAAGGGUUACCCCUAUCCUACACCUUGGGAGUUUUGGGAAUGCCGGGAAAUACAGCAUAUUUCGGUUUUUUGGAGCUCUGCAAGCCCCAACCCGGCGAAACCGUGGCCGUCACAGGCGCCGCCGGCGCCGUGGGCAGUAUCGUGGGUCAAAUAGCCAAAAUCAAGGGUUGCACAGUUAUUGGAAUCGCCGGUUCGGAGGAAAAAGGCAAAUGGCUGGUAAACGACCUAAAAUUCGACCAUUUCAUCAACUACAAAGACCCCGAUUUUGAGAAAAAACUCGCACAAGCGGCCCCCAAAGGCAUCGAUUGUUACUUUGAUAACGUGGGGGGGCAGAUCAGUACUAUCAUCAUGAACAAAAUGAACCUUUUCGGGAGGGUUUCAGUGUGUGGGGCCAUUUCGGGGUACAAUGACAAAAGUGCGGCAAGAGCCGAUCCAGUCCAGUUUCCCCUAGUUUUCAGUCAAUUGAAAAUGGAGGGAUUUGUCGUCCAUAGAUGGGCGGAUAGAUGGUCUGAAGGGAUUUUGCAAAACAAACAAUGGAUCAAAGAAGGGAAAAUGAAGUACAGGGAGACUGUCACUGAAGGGUUCGACAAUAUGUUCAAGGCUUUCGUCGAUAUGCUUCAAGGGGGAAACACCGGGAAAGCCGUCGUUAAAGUUUAACUCUUUUGUUAUUUUUUUUAAUAAAACACAACCAAAACGU